AUGGCGAUGUCCAGUGCUCGUGCACAAAUGGAGAAGCUGGAAUUGUCAGAUGAAGACACUGCGGAGUUGUUGGCAUCCCCUUCAAAAAAGCCUGGUUUUCCAACUCCCACGGACAAUUCCCGAACUGCAACCGCCCCGAACUAUGGACGAAGUAAUAGCACACAUUAUGAUCGCGAGGAAGCACGGGAGGCGUCUUUACAGAGCGAGUUGGAGAGCGUGCGCAAUAUCAAUCGGGUUGUAGAAGGCAUCAUUGAUAGCCUGGAGCGUGCAAAAGGCAAUAUGGAGAAUGUUUCCCGCACCGUCACAUCUGCAUCUGCGCUUUUAAAUACAUGGACACGAAUUCUGUCCCAGACCGAACAGAACCAGCGACUUAUCCUUAACCCUUCCUGGCAAGGAGCCUCCCAAGAUAUCGCAGACAUCGAAAACGAAUUGAUCUUGAGACAGCAGGAGGCGGAGAGGAAGGAGAUGGAACUCCAGCAGCGGAGAGAGGCCGUGGCUCGAAAAGCGGAAGAGGAGGAGCGAAAGAAAGCUGCUGCGGCUGCUUCGAGGGGCGCACGGGGGACAACACGUGGGAGAUCGCGUGUACUUGGGAGAACUCCUUCUACAGCGAGCUCGUAUAGCGGGGCACGAGGUACAAAUACGACAAGAGGCACGACAAUGACAAGGGGUAUGACGACACGGGGAACUACUGGCAUUCGAAGGCCUACAGCUACGACUACAACAGGAUCCAGCGUUGCGAGAGCCAGGGGAAGGGUGCGGGGUCCAUCAUGA